GUAAAACUUUAGCGUGUACCGUUGUGGGUGGGGAAAUUUUGAAUUCUACGCCCAUUUCCCUGCCUCUCAUAAUUAUGAUUGGAUGAUUAGUCCUCUGGUCAGGUCUCUCCAUGGUGAAACUCGCUCGGAAGGCGCCACUGAGCAUUAUGGGAAAUGUAGUUUGAAGCCGUAUCACGCGGCCUAGUUUCUAUGAAGUUUGCGAGCUAAUAAACUACAUUACCCACAAAAAAUUUAUAAGCGAGGGGAGGAACGAAGGUGUCAGAAAUUUGACUCGCAGAACUACUUCAACUCCUGGGGAUGUUUAACCAUACAGAGCAGAGAUGACUGAAGGGACGUAUGUGAGGAGGAGAAGAGGGGGUCCCUAUAAGACUACAGCAGUGACAGACCUGACACGCUGGAGACUCAGUAAUGUAGAAGGAAGGCAGACAUGGAAAUACCUGAAGGACGAAGACACUGAGGAGAGGGAGCAAAACUUCUUGGAAGCUCACUCUGUGGGUCUUGACACGAGUAAGUUUGUUCCAGCCUCCCCAGCAGCACACACAGCGGUUGAAGCCGCUCAGAAGGGGAUGGAGUUUUACAGCCAUCUCCAGGCUGAGGAUGGCCACUGGGCUGGAGACUACGGAGGACCACUUUUCCUGCUUCCAGGUCUCCUGAUAACCUGUCAUGUUGCUAAAAUCUCUCUAUCAGACGCCUGGAAGAAGGAGAUGGUGAGGUAUCUACGUUCAGUGCAGCUGCCAGAUGGUGGCUGGGGUCUGCAUAUAGAAGACAAGUCGACUGUAUUUGGCACAGCUCUCAGUUACACUACACUGAGAAUCCUGGGAGUUGGGCCUGAUGACCCAGAUAUGGUGCGGGCAAGGAACAACUUACACAGCAAAGGAGGUGCUGUAGGUAUACCGUCCUGGGGAAAGUUCUGGUUGGCCAUCCUCAAUGUGUACAGUUGGGAAGGGAUGAACACGCUUUUUCCAGAAAUGUGGCUGUUUCCAACUUGGAUGCCGGCACACCCGUCCACUCUGUGGUGCCACUGCAGGCAGGUCUACCUUCCCAUGAGCUACUGUUAUGCCGUCAGGUUGUCUGCACAGGAGGAUUCACUGGUGCUCAGCUUGAGACAGGAACUGUAUGUCCAGGACUAUUCAACUAUUGACUGGCCAGCUCAAAGAAACAAUGUUGCAGAAUCAGACAUGUACACCCCUCACAGCACUCUGCUCACUGCUGCCUACUUCAUCCUGAACCUAUAUGAGGCUCAUCACAGUACUGCACUGAGAGAAAAAGCUGUGAAAGAACUAUACGAUCACAUCCAAGCAGACGAUCGGUUUACAAAGUGCAUUAGCAUCGGGCCGAUCUCAAAAACCAUUAAUAUGUUGGUGCGCUGGCAUGUUGAUGGACCCACAUCAGCUGCCUUCCAGGAGCAUGUAGCGAGGAUCCCAGACUACCUUUGGCUAGGUCUUGAUGGCUUGAAGAUGCAGGGAACCAAUGGAUCUCAGCUAUGGGACACUGCCUUUGCAGUGCAAGCAUUUCUUGAGUCAGGUGCGCAGAAUGACCCCAGGUUUGCACAGUGUUUAAUGAAGGCCCAUCAGUUCUUUAAUCUAACUCAGGUUAAAGAAAAUCCCCAAGACUACAUCAAAUAUUACAGACAAAUGAACAAGGGAGGCUUUCCUUUCAGCACACGUGACUGUGGUUGGAUCGUGGCUGACUGCACAGCAGAGGGCCUGAAGUCGGUGAUGUUACUACAGGAGCAGUGCGGCUUCAUCACAGAGCACAUUCCCUCACAAAGACUCUUCGAUGCAGUCAAUGUGCUUUUAAGCAUGAGAAAUUCUGAUGGCGGCUUUGCCACAUACGAGACCAAACGUGGAGGAAAACUAUUAGAGCUGCUCAACCCGUCAGAGGUGUUUGGUGAUAUCAUGAUCGACUACACUUAUGUGGAGUGCACGUCGGCUGUGAUGCAAGCUCUGCAGCACUUUCAUCAUGCCUACCCUGAGCACAGAGCGCAGGAGAUCAGGAGUACUCUUCAGCAGGGACUUGACUACUGCAGAAGAAUGCAAAGACAUGAUGGCUCAUGGGAAGGGUCAUGGGGUGUGUGCUUUACAUAUGGAGCAUGGUUUGGAUUGGAGGCAUUUGCAUGCAUGGGUCAUAUUUUCCAGGAUGGGUAUGAUGGACUGGCGUGUACUGAGGUGAGGCGUGCCUGUGAAUUCCUGCUCUCUAAGCAGAUGGAGGACGGAGGCUGGGGAGAGGACUUUGAGUCAUGUGAGCAGAGGUGCUAUGUACAAAGCAAAAAUUCCCAAAUCCAUAACACCUGCUGGGCUCUACUGGGUCUGAUGGCUGUCAGGUACCCUGACUGCAUAGUCAUCGAGCGUGGAAUACAGGCUUUGAUUGAUAAGCAGCUACCCAAUGGAGACUGGCCACAAGAGAACAUCUCUGGUGUUUUCAACAAGAGCUGUGCUAUCAGUUACACAUCCUAUAGAAACCUGUUUCCAGUUUGGACUCUGGGCCGUUUCUCGCGUCUCUACCCUGCCAGCUCACUUGCUCGGAAUCUGGGAGGCACUGAGAGAUAAUCUGUGAAGUGUUUAUUUGACAUUUGUUGUCUAACUGCCUGGUGAAAAUUUCACUUUCAUGCAAACCGAGUUGCUGCUUUUAGAACUGACCAGUCAGUAAUUCUCUCAUGAUUUCAGUGGAUUUGCUUUUAAAUAGUUUUGUAGAUAAAUAUAAUUAUAAUAUAAUAUAAUAACAUUAUUUUAAAGCUACAGUGUUUAUUUUACAAUUUUUUAAAUAUAUAUUAUGUAGUGUGGUCUUGAGCUUGCUAGUGUGAUUGCACAGCUCUGCCAAAUAAACGUACAAAACAUGUAAUUGUCAUUGAACAGUGCCUGUAGCAGUAGAUAUUUGAAACUUAUAGGCAGAAAUUAAUGCAAGUAUAGUAUCAUCUUUGUAUUGACAAGGACGUGUAUUUUGGAUCUUUUCAAGUAAAUUCUGAGUUUAUUACAAACA